AUGGUUGAAAUCCAACCCCACGCCGAUUUCCUGGCGUCAUGUCAAAAGAACAGAAAGAAAGCAAAAGACUAUAUUCAAUUUCGUUCUGCCUUGUCUCCAGAAGACCCUAAGGCGCGCUUUCCGGGGUUUCGCCAGGGACUUACUACCUACAAGGCUGGACAGCAAGUGGAAAAAGGCGCGAAGCCCUUGCCCGUUGACAUUCUUAUGCACGAAAGCAUGCCCAUGCUUCUUUCUGACGGCACCAAACUGUAUUACGAUAUCUUCUUCCCAGCUGGUUACGAGAACCUUGAAGUCGUUGACAAGCACAAGAAGAUCCCCGCGUUAGUUGCCUGGAGUCCAUAUGGCAAGCAGAAGGGCGGGACACUCUUGGACGACUUUCCGUUCCGUGCCGGAGUACCCAAGCAUUGGCUGUCAGGUCUACACAAAUGGGAAGGGCCCGAUCCUGGAUUCUGGUGUGCUGAAGGAUACGCAAUUGUUAAUGUGGAUACACGUGGCGCCUACACCUCCGAGGGUGAUUUGGAAAUAAUGGGCUACCAGGAAGCCCAAGAUGGAGCAGAAUUCAUUACUUGGCUUUCGGAGCAGCCCUGGUGCAAUGGCAAAGUCGGGCUCACCGGCAAUAGUUGGCUAGCGAUGUCGCAGUGGAAGAUCGGAAGUCUGCGACCCAAAGGCCUUGAAGCGCUCGCGCCAUGGGAGGGAAUACAGGAUAUGUAUCGUGACAACACGUGUCAAGGCGGAAUCCCUGCCGGUGAAUUCCAUAAUUCGGUUGCCGAUACCCUCGCUAGCUACGGGAAGCUUGAGGACCCACCUAGUGUUCUGGCUAAGUAUCCCCUAUUCACCGAAUACUGGGAAGACAAGAGAGCCAAAUGCGAGCAAAUUAACGUUCCCACGUACGUGGCUGCCUCCUGGACGAACCCAAUUCAUACCCCGGGGACGAUGAGGGCUUACCGAUGCAUCCCUGAAUCCGUCCCUAAGUGGCUUCGAGUGCACAACUCACAGGAAUGGCCAGAUUAUUAUGCAGAUUCCAGCUGCCGUGACCUGAAGAGAUUCUUUGAUUACUUCUUAAAGGGGGUGGAAAACGGCUGGCUUGACACGCCUAAGAUCCGACUCAGUGUCCUAAACUUUGGGCUAGAUGGUCUGGAUGAUACCCUGAACAGGGCGGAGACUACUUGGCCACUGGCUCGAACAAAGUACCAGAAAGUUUAUCUGAGACCUGACGGAAAGAUGAGCCCAUCACUUUCAACCGAGUCGGGUCAAGUCACAUACGACUCCAAAAAUGGAAAAGCCACAUUCCGGUAUCGCGUACCCCAUGACAUGGAGACUACAGGACAUUUCAUUGCUCGCAUCGCAGUGUCUUGCCCAUCCAGCGAUGAUAUGGACCUUUUCGCUCAGGUGUGCUGUCUUCGUGGUCGCUCUGCAUACAAGCAGGGUGUUCUCACCAUCCGACCUGACAAUAUGAUGGUGAUUAAAUUGUUGAAGUUGCUGCAUGACUGGCAAGUUGGCCUUCAGGGAGUUGGCAUGUUGUUCCAUUGGGGACCAGCAGGCCAACUCCGGGUCAGUCAUGCCCACCAACUCAGUGAACAUGCUACUUCUUUCGAGCCGCUUUAUGCCCAUGUCGACCGUGUUCCAUUAACUAAAGGGGAGGUUCGAGUCGUGGAGAUUCCACUCCGUCCUUACGGGAUGUAUUGGAGGAAAGAUGACAUUAUGGAGCUUACGGUUGCAGGCAAUCCAGUGCUACCAUUUCCAAUUCCGGGUGUCAAGCCCUUGCAGGGAACAAAUACUGGAACUCAUAUCAUUCAUUGCCUUGAUAGAGGAGAUGACAGCUCUUGCCUUGUUGUACCAUGUACUUAG